AAAGAAAUUGGGAAGUUCACUGCUGACCUGUCUUGUACAAAGCACAAACCAAACCAAACAGAUCCUUGGAAAAUUGGUCACUGCAGUCUGCAAUAGGCAGAAACUCUCUUUUCUUUGAUUUUUUGUUCCGGAAAUGGCGACGAGCGAGAAGAAGGGCUUCACAGCCACUCUGUAUUUCAUCCUUCUUACGACCAUGUGCCUAGUCGGGGAAUUCCCUCUUAACGCUGUUGCUGGGAACGCAGCCCCUCUUUUGCAGAGAUAUGAAGAUGGGAAUGAGCAUGGUUACAGCAGAGCCUUCAAUGCCAUUUAUGAUACGUCCAAGUACGGGAUUUUGCAGCUCCAGAAUGGCUUGGCAAGAACUCCUCCGAUGGGAUGGAAUAGCUGGAAUUUCUUUGCAUGCAACAUCAACGAAACAGUGAUCAAGGAAACAGCUGAUGCCCUUAUCUCAACUGGCCUGGCCAACUUGGGUUAUACAUAUGUCAAUAUAGAUGAUUGUUGGUCUAAGGUCACACGAGAUGCAAAGGCAGGUAGUAAAAUAGCAAACUCCUUACUGUGUAAAACAAAAAUGAUGCUUUUACAGGGCCAAAUGGUUCCUGAUCCGAAGACCUUUAAGUCUGGGAUCAAGGCUCUUGCAGACUAUGUUCACUCGAAAGGCCUGAAGCUUGGUAUCUAUUCUGAUGCUGGGAAAUUUACUUGUCAAGUUCGCCCAGGAUCGAUUUUCCAUGAAAAAGAAGAUGCAAUGUCAUUUGCUUCAUGGGAUGUGGAUUAUCUGAAGUAUGACAACUGUUUCAAUCUGGGCAUCGAACCCAAAAAAAGAUACCCACCAAUGCGUGAUGCUCUAAAUGCAACUGGACGAUCAAUUUUCUACUCAAUCUGUGAAUGGGGUGUGGAUGACCCGGCCUUGUGGGCUGGAAAAGUUGGCAACAGUUGGCGUACAACAGAAGAUAUCAAUGACACAUGGGUAAGCAUGACUAAUAUUGCUGAUUUGAAUGACAAGUGGGCGGCUUACGCUGGACCUGGUGGAUGGAAUGAUCCGGAUAUGUUGGAAGUUGGCAAUGGAGGCAUGACAUACAAAGAAUAUCGUUCUCAUUUUAGCAUAUGGGCUUUGAUUAAGGCCCCUCUAUUGAUUGGGUGUGAUAUAAGAAACAUGACUGCAGAAACUAAGGAGAUUUUAAGCAACCAGGAGGUCAUUGCGGUAAACCAAGAUCCACUUGGGGUUCAGGGAAGGAAAGUGCAUAGCAAUGGAACUGAUGGUUGCCAGCAGGUUUGGGCUGGCCCUUUAUCUGGGAAUAGCUUGUCUGUUGUUCUGUGGAAUAGAUGUAUGCAGGCUGCAACUAUAACAGCUGAAUGGAAUGUGAUUGGGCUUGAAGCCGGCACUAGUGUCUCAGUGAGGGACCUCUGGCAGCACGAAGUGGUUCUCAACAAUGCAGUGGCAUCAUUUUCUGCUCAACUUGAUGCUCACGACUGCCGGAUGUACGUUUUUACCCCUCAGGCAGCCCUCAUGGGGAACGUUAUGUAGCCUUGGAUGUUGGUGAAUGUAAGAGAUGCUUCCAUUCUUCUUGUACGGUCCUGUAUUCUGUAUGUGUUCUUGUAACUAGAAGACCUACUCAGGGCCAAGUAUAUAUUACGUGGGUUCGUCGCCGGCUGUCAUAUAAAUAUAAGCUUACUUCCGGACUGGCAUGAAACUUGAUGAAAGACUGAACAAUAAAUGGUGCAGAUGUGAAAUUGGUUUCAGAAACCUUCUGAAUUUCAUCGUGGAAAAAACCUCCACUUCUGCACAGGGCGACAGUCCAAUCAAACUUCACUGGUUAAACAAAACUAUUAAGGAUCAAUGGGACCAAGAUUUUACUCUGGC